UGGGCAUGAUGAGAGGCAUCAUGUGGAAUAACACACUGCUGCAGGCACAUCUGCGCACGGAACGACAACAGCGACAAAAGUACCAGCAAGACAUUGCUGUUUUAACAACUGCCAUCUGCGCCGAAGCAACGCAGCAGCAGCAACAGCAUCAGCUGUUGAACUCCGCUCUCGCACGCAUCAACAGCAUUGAGGCUAACGCCUCAGCAGCGCCAGGCUGCACGACAGACGCGACGAAGCAACUCAAUGAGCGCAUUGAUCACGUCGUAACCAUCAUCGGCGACAUAGGUGUUUUCAGUAGGCCGGACACGAUCAGUAGCACGGUGGCCGCCAUCAAGACGGACAUCACCAAGCUGCAGACGAGACCGGACGCCGCUACAAAGAAUUACAAGAUGCCACACUUCGACAUCAGCAAGUUUGACGACUACAACAAGUUGGACGCCUUGACAUGGUGGCAACGUUUCCUCACGGAAGCAUCAUGCCGCACUGUCCCGACAGACGACAUGAUGAAGGCACUCUACUUGCAACUAGUUGGAGGAGCGCAAGCUUGGAUGAACCAUCUGGCGGCUACUAACAAAUGCACCAUCGCCGACCUCCACACGCACAUCACGUGGAAUGAGUUCGAGAAGCUAUGGUUCACCCGGUUCAUGGUCCGCAACGUCGUGAAGGCGGCCAUGAACGAGGUGUACACCUGCUCUCAAGGAAAUAUGCGAACUCGAGACUGGACAACCAAGUGGCAGAAGAUGGUGACCACGCCAGGAUUCGAUUUGAGUUUUCCAAAUCAACGAUCCGAGUUCUUCUCGCGAUCGUGCGCGGGACUGCGGUCGGCACUCGGCAACGAGUACGACUAUGACACGUUCCAGGCCAUUCUGGAUCGUGCGAACUUAGUCAUCCAAACGGAUGACAAGGCCGCAAAGGAACGGCAGUCCCAGCCGCAUUAUGUGGCUAAGCAGGGCUAUCAAUGUCCGGCAUAUAACAAUGCCGUGUUUUCUGAGGAAAUCGACGACCACCACGCUGCGGCAGCAUCCUCGAGUGAUGGAGGAAUUGUAGCAGCGCUCCCGCCAAAGCGUCCCAAGAGAGUUCGGAAGAACAAGGCGACACAAGAGACAACAUCGACGGGAACUGGGCAGCAACCAUGGACGACUUACAAGAUAACCAAGGAUGUCUAUGACCUUUGUCAAAAGUACGGAUACUGCCUCUGGUGCAACAGCGUCACUCAUGUGACCGCACAAUGCCCCGAAAAGGGCAAGGCACGCGAGUAUCGAUUGUCGCAGAUGUACCAAGAUGCACUCUGGGAAAUACAGCGCGAGAAUUAUGUUGCCGCUCAAGAGAUCUUUGAAUGCAUCCUCAGGGAUCCUCUUUGUGUUGCCGCGCAGGAGGAGAAGUUCAUGCAGCGUAAUCAGCUGCUGCAUCUCAGGUUCCUGGCAUUCAAAAAUCUGGCUGAAGUCCUUAUCAAGAAGGGCGAUGGUCGAAAGUCCGAGCAUGAUGCGCUGCUGUGCUAUCUGGAGGCAGUCAGAAUCUACAGGCAGGAUGUUGUUGUAUGGCACCGACUGGGAAUCUUAACGUGGCGUCUCAGUUUACUAAGUCUAGCAAGAAAUGCAUUUGAAGAAGGAUUGGCCUGCAGUCCCCAUCACUGGGGCUGUAUGGAGAAGUUAUUGGAGGUUUUGGUUGCCAUCCGCGACGAGAGGGCAUGCAGGAGGCUAGCAAAGCGCAUGCUACGGUGCGGUCCUCACUCCCGAGCAUCUGAAGUGCUACAGUCGGUGAAAGGAAUCAAACACAAGGAAAGCAACGAGGAUGGCAUCCAUCAAGCAGCUACGGUACAGAAGGUCUGUGGUCGGCCUAGAAUCUCCCCGGACCCGUUUGAUCUUCUCGAGAUUGAUUUGCCCGGUGCGAAAAGACGGAGAGUUGACGGCACCGGUGAUGGACGCGGAAGCGAGGAGCAUGAACACCUGCCAUUGCAGAAAAAGGCAGGUGAGGAUCAAAGUGCGGGACCUGUGGACAGCGAGCCUUCGCCGCAAGUAUUGCCCUGCAACAUGCAGGAGUUGACGUGGGUGGAACUGAUUGAAGCCGUGGGGAAGUUGGUAAGGAUGACCUGCGCGGGUGGGCUUGGAGGAGAGGGUGACAAUGCGCCGGGAGGUCAGGGCGAUGUAAAAAAUCAGGCAGGAUUAUUGCCCUUGAUCGCACAGGUCGUCUUUACUUUCAGAGGGCAGAAGUUUCCGGUGAAUGAAGCAUCUGAAAGUGGGAAGCUGACCGAUGGGGCUCGGAAUGAAGUGUGCCAGGAGGCAGGGAUGAAGGAGGGAGGGAUGAAGGAGGGAGGAAAGGGGUCGCCGGGGGGAAGCAGCAGCCCGAUGGGGGGGGGCUGCGACAAAGAUGUCCUGUGUGUCGCGGAGUGCGGUGAUGGCGGAAAGCAAAGAGUAGAAGAGAAAAGGGCUAGAGAGGAAGGCAGGAAAAGAGUGGGACAGGAGGACGCAGGUGGGGGAGUGGAAGAAGAUGCGGAGUUACAGAGAGAGGGUGUUAUGAUUGGGACGUGCGCAGGGUCGGUCCGUGACGAAGAACUUGGAAAGCGUAUGGUACGAGCAUUGCGGCCCAGGUCUCGCUCGAUGAUGAGAGAGGAAGGAGGACGAGGAAAUCAAGACGUGGUGAUGGGCGGGCCCAGGGAUGUGCGAAGUGUGCUGGCAGAGUUUAUUGUUCCUGCUCUCUGUGGGGGUGCGGACUCUGGUGGCCAGCAGGGGGGGGUGGGGAAGGGGGGCAAGGAGGGUUAUGGUGGAGGGGAUGGGCGGACUGAUGGUGAAGUUGAUGAGAGGGCGAAGUUGGAAAAUAGGCAGAGUCAACAGGCCAAAGCGGAAGCCACACAGAUAAAGGAGUUUGUGGAGCAUGCAAAGGGUAACAAUGGCGUUCUUGAUAUUGGACAGAGGCUAGUGCGAAAGCUCUAUCAGAUUGGGGGUGUGGGUAGCAUAUGGGAGAAAGGAGCAUUCGAGAGCUUGCUCAUUGUUGAACAGAUGUUGCGUGAGAGGUUGGGCUGUCUGAGUCAGAAUUGCUCACUUUUGAUGGGGGAGCUGUAUCUUGAGGCGCUGAUGCGGCUCCCAGGGGCAGACCAGAGUAAGGAGUGGAGUUGGGCAUGUGAGUUUUAUGUACAGGAAGUGAUCGAUGGUGUAGUUUGCGGGAUUGCAGGUAGUGGGGAUUUUGGCGAGAAGUCGCCGAGGAAGGGGGCGAAAAAGAGAGUGGUAGAGGAGGAUGGGGAGGGCACGCCAUUCGAAGUGAAGAAGAGAAGCAGAUCCCAUCCAGGAGAGGGAUCAACUGAAGUUGAUGGUGGAGGACGUGGAAUACAGCCCAAGUUGAUGUGCUUCCCAGGACAGAAAAAUGGAGCACCCGGCAAUGGAACAAGAAACAGAGAGGCUUGUGGAGAAGAUGAUAAGGUGUUGGGUGUGUCAGCUGCCAUGAAAGAAGAAGCCGAUAACCAGGCAGGGAAACCGGAGGGCUGCGCAGAAGCGGCCUGUUUGGGAAAGGGACAGCGGUUCUGGAUACGAAUGCAUUGGUUCCUGGGGAGGUUUUUCCUGUGGCAGGGUAAUCGCGACAAAGCGUAUUGCGAGCUUGCAAGGUGUUUCAAGCUCAUGGAAGAGUGCGAGGUUGGCAGAGAGAAUGGGGUUCAUCGGGAUGUGGUUUGUUUGCCAAAGUGGCUGGCAGAACGAUACAUCUCAAAAGAUUUAGUGACGAAGAAGUUGAGAGAGGUGGAGCUGGACUGGAUGGUGUUUCUUGCAACUUCAAAGAUUGAAGAUGACCACAUGAAAGACCAGUCAAUGGCGACGGAAGUGGUUGCUCAACUCGCACCUGCUUUGCUGGGAUGCACAAGCAAGGGGGGAGGAGACGAAAAGGCGAAUGCUGAAGACGAUGGGACCGGAGGAGCGUGUUCGUCGUAUACCUCACCAUGCACGUCUCCCGGUAGCUGGGGGGUUGAGCAAGGAGGAAACGCACGACGACUCAAUGCGCUGAGAGUUCUUUUGUCAGCAUGUGAAAAGGCUGGAACUGAUGGCUUGACAACAGCCCUUCAUACACACAUUGAAAUUCUGACUCUGGUGUGCAGUGCGGCUGGCUGGAUUGAAUGUGAUCGGUAUGGGGACUUAGUGGCAGUUGAACGGAAAAGGGGGAGUGAGAGGGGGGAGGGUGGGAGACGCUGGCCCAGGGAAGGAAGCAAGCAGAUUGCUGAAGAGCUGAAGGCACUAUCAAGGUGCUUGGUGAGGAUCAAAGACCUGGCGAACGACAAAAGUGAGAGUAAAGUGAAUGUUGACAUCACGAAAUUGCCACCCCUUGCGAAGAGGCGCCUACAACAGCUGUUGAUUGCCUGCAUACACAGACUGUACAACGCGCCAACGCUGGCACGGCGAGGCUUCCUUAGGCAUGGAUUGAACAUGGAUGCACAAACGGACAGUGCUGCCUUAGUAGAUGCAGUUGUGUCGUUUUGCCGAAUCCAACAUCUCGAUCCAGCUGCAUCCAUCAAUCAGCAGGUGUAUCUGUUGAUGAAGAUGCACGAGCUCCUGGCAGACCGCGGACUUUGUUGUAGCGGAAAGGGAAGCGAUGGAGGCGAGGGCGCAUUCCUUAGAAUGGCAAUUCAUCAACUGACUGCAUUAGAAAUGAAGUUGAAGAGCCAAAAUGGUUCUGUGCCGUCGGAUCCUCUGCUGGAACGGCGAAGAAAGCACAUUCAAGAGAGAGAAGAGGCUGUGGACAGGAGUUGUGCCGUGAGGUGUGCAUCCGUCUUUGAGGAGGAAGAUGCACAGGGGAGGGAGGCAAGAGAGGGAGGAGACACUGCCAUUGCUACAGGGGUGGAACAGGAUAGGGGAUCACCAGGUACAACUAAUGUGGAUGUGAUUGACAUUGAUGCACCAGAUGAGACGACAAAUGACCGAGUAAAGGCGCCCAUCAGUGUUGACGAUGAUAUCGAAACACAAGGAACUGCAGAGGAUGAAGCAAACGAUGAGCGGAAAGCAGCUGAGACUGCGCUUGAUGCUGCUUUGGAUCAAUGCUUCUUCUGCUUGUAUGGGCUUAACUUGAGGAGUUCGUCCGAUGAAAAGAACGGUGAUGGCUGUGUGCUGCAUGAGAACACUAAUCGGGGGGACUACCAGACAGAGAAGCAGUGUGAGGAGGUGCUUCAUUAUGUUCUCCCAUUUGUCCAGAAUUGCUCGCGCAAUCGCCUGUUGAAGCUUCGGAGAGUUCUCAGACUCAUUUACAAGAAGUUUCCGACACCUCCUCAGCAAGUCCUGGACCUGUAUUCAGUGGAUGGAUUUCUGGAUGAUCCUGACCUGGACGAGCGGGGCAUUUGUCAGGAGCUGCUUGAUGCAGAUGCCAACAACAGGGGUGAAUCGUCUGGGUGCAAAGAGUUGGCUGUGUUGAACAAACAGGAAGAGAAAACAGGAGCAAAAUCCAAGGCAGGGGAGGAAGAUGGACAAGGAACUGCUCGUACCGAGGGGCCCUACGUGGAGGUGUACUCCAACUUGUACUAUCUGCUGACACAAGUGGAGGAGAUGUCGGCAUCGGUGCAGUGGGCUGGAUUUGUAUUGACAAAAGAAGGGGAAGAAUUUGUGGAGCAUAAUUCCAACCUGAUUAAUUACGAUCUUUGCUAUCAUCCGAUGCGAUAUGAGAGCUGGUACCGCAUGGCUACACUCCACGAUGAGGCCGUUGAUUUGUUGCUGAAUGAUGGGAGCAAGAACAGAAGUGUUGCUGCCUGGCGUCGAAAUAAAGAUUUUCUGCAAAGAGUUGAGGUCAGCCGCAGGAGAAGCAGGCGCUGUCUCCUUAAAAGCUUGGUCUUAGCACCAAAUCGAGAAGUGCAGGGUGAGGUGCAGGAGUUGCUGGGAUUAGUGUACUAUGAUGCCAUUCAGAAUGUGGUGCCAUUAUAUGAUCAACGCCGACACCAGCCUGUGAGGGAGAAAGCGUGGAGGAAUCUGUGCGAGAAUGCGACAUUACACUUCAAGGGUGCAUUUGCUAAAAAGCCCGAAUGGCUGCAUUUGUUCUACCUAGGAAAAUUAUCGGAGAAGCUGGGUCACCCUCCUGGAGAGGCUUUGGCAUUCUACAAGAGAGCCUCUGAGAUGAAUCCAUCGAUAUUAGAUCCCAUUUACCGAUUACAUGCAUCGAGGAUGAAGCUGCUUUGUUCUUGCCCACGAAAUGAUCGCAGAAUCCUUAAGGUUGUUGCAGAGUACUGCUUCCGUCAAGAAGCAGCACACAUGGUUGAGGAUCUGCUGAGGUGUUCCGAAGGCAACAUUACUAUAGAUAUGUCCUCCAGGGGCCAGGUUGGUGAGAGAGAGAGGGAAGACUGCGAGUCGCAGCUAGCAAGAGGGGUUGAUGGAGCUCGAGGGAGGGAGGAAGGAGGAAUGGCAGAUGUGCAGGGUCCUGUCGGGGCAGUGUGGAUUAGUGAUAUGGUGUCCACAGGAGCUGUAGUCCAUGCGGGAGAAGGGGAAGAUGCAACAGAGGCUCCGUCCUCUGGCAGUGGGCAAUUGGUGGUGGUGCGAACAAGCGGUCAGAGUCCGAGUGAAAUAGAAGCCACCGCAUGGGAGCUGUUGUUUGCCGACUGCAUGGAAGUCAUGCGGAUGUGUGUCGACGCUGACCUGAAGCACUUCCACAGGGCACGGUACUGUAUGGCGAAGUGGCUGCUAAGAAGGGGGGGGGUUGGGGAGGUGGAAAGAGCCAAGGAGGAGCUGGCAUUCUGUUUCAGGACAGGAAGAUCGCCAUUCACGAUUAACAUGUGGGAGAUUGACGACAACUCGCUACGCAGGAACAGGGUGUGCAGGAGGGGUGCAAAGAAUCCCAGGGGCCCAAAGGGUGGAUGUGGGGUCGGUGGCACAAGGCGGCUGGAACCUGGAUUGUCCGAAAGUUCCCGCAAGUUCAUCACAUGUGUGCGAAAGUAUCUGCUGCUCUACCUUUCACUCUGUGAACAAACUAGCGACUUGGCCACUCUUGAACGAGCAUACUCUGUCCUCCGGGUUGACAAGAGGUUUUGUCUCUGCUUGGAGGACAUAGCAUGGGUGGCGCUUGGUCGGUAUCUUCAUGGGCUGGUGAUGGCUCUUCAGAAGUGGGAUGAGGAGAGGGAGAGAGGGAACUGGACGAAGCAGCAGCUGCAGACAGCUGGUCAGGUGCAGAUUGCGGGACCCGGCUCUCAUAGUGCCAACGCUCCGGCAGGGCUUCUGGAGAGGGCAUUCACUGUUUUCCUUGAACAUUCCAUCUCCUGGGAAGACACCGCUGGGCUCGGCCUCGCUGAAGCUGGAUACGAUUCGGUAUCGACAACGAUCGAGGAGGCUAUUUACAGAUAUGGUAUGCGAUACCUGGACCAGCUGGAGGAGGCUGGCGAUGUCGACACACUGGAGCUGGUUAAUGAAAAGAUGCGGCGCAAGUUCAAGAGCCCGAAGUUGACGAGCGCCGGUGUGCUAAAGAUGUACCGGCGAGCUGCUCUCUGCUGGUUCCAUGCUCUGUCCCGCUGGGUUUCUCAACUGUCCACGCCGGCAGCAGCUCCUCCUCCCUUGCAGCUCCCGCCACCGCCUGCUCCCACUGCGGCACAUUUGCUGCCAGCGACGGUGCUGAUGACAAUGCCAGACCUGCAGCACCAGCAUAUCGGUCAGAUUCAGAGUGCGGGAGCACUUGGAGGCCCCAGGGUAGAUGGAGAUGGGAGGAAGGAUGGCAUGGACAUUGCGGGCGGGGGGGAGCGCAGCGACUUCCAGUGGGGUCUUUUCAGAGGCCAUACGGGGUCUGAAAUUGUGGCAGCAGAUGUAUCUGGUGCGCACAUUGAUGUCGGAUUUCCUCAUCUAGGGUCGGCUAACAGGACACAGGUAUUCGACAGGGUGGCGGAGGAUCAGUACGAUGAUAACAGAAGAUGCGGAGGGGAAGAGUAUGGUCCGGCCGACGAACACGUGCAGUUAAGUGGGGCGAUCGUUGGAAGUUAUGCCACCGCGGCUGAGAACUUGGAUGGCGCAAUCGCACUGAUCCGGUCUGCAUACGCGCUGUACAAAGAUUCAAUUUCGAGCCCUCUUGCGAAUCUGAUCACUGGGUGCUGGGCUGGCAGUCCACCUCGGAUCAUGCCUGCCACGGCUGCUGUUAGUACUGUGGAUGGGUAUCUGUGCAGUGGAAUCGGAUUGGGAGCGGGAGGUGGAGGUGCAGGGUUCACAUCCGAUGGCAACAGAACAGCAGCAGCAGCAGCAGCAGGAGGAGGAGGAGGAGGAGGAGGAGGAGGAAGCAGGGGUGAGAGCAUUCUCGGGUGUACUUCAGCUUCGUCUACCGCUGAUUGCGGCACGGAACUCCCUGGUACCAGCUGCAGCGAUUCCCAAUCUCAGGGAGUGGGUCCUUAUCCCACACCUUCGGCGGUGCUUUCGCGAGCAUUUGUCCUUGUCCAUGGCCGCUACCCUUCGUCACUGAUGGAAGCAGUGAAAUAUUGUGAAGAGCUGUGCAAGCUCCGACCUAAGAGAACCCCUUUCUUCGCCACGCAGUCAGUUGCAACUGCGGCGGCGAACCCUAGUCUCCCGGUGCCCACUGCUGCUGCUCUGGUCACGACGCCCGCCGCUGCUACUGGAGUCGGCGCUGCUCCUGUUUCAAGUGUUGCUUCAUUUCAGCAGACCCCUCUACUAUUGGGUCCAGGAUUGCAGGAAGGAAGGGUGUGGCAUGCAGAGUGAACGAAGGAACCGCUUUCCACUCAAGAACAAGCAGGGACUCCCUUGUUCAUCGGGAGAUGGAGCCUCUGUAGGCGCGCUUUGAAGGACACAGCUUGUGAGUGGAAAUUUGGGGCGCGGAAAUGGAGGCUGGAUGUGCACACGCACAAAACACGAUAUCCUUUGUUUCGUUGCUCAAAGGAGAAGAGCACUUUUGCACACAAGGGAUGUCCCUUCUGAACGGGUGAGUUUUUGUAAGAGCGUUUCAAACCUCCUUUCAACUCUUGAUCCCCAAAGUCGUUUCACGAGAAGCCGGGAAAACGGUCUACAUGAUGUUAGGCAGCUCUUUCUGAAAUAGUUGCCUAUCUCUGAGAUGAAGAUUCAGCAAAACCAGUCCAUAGGGAGAGGCUAAGCUGCAACCAGAGGAUGAGCAGCCCCCUGCAGUCUCAUGAGAUGUCAGAGGUCAUGGGACCACAAACCCCAUGGGCCAUGGCCCCGUAUGUCCCACGUCCUGGGAAUCCCCCUACAAAAUGAAGAUAGGAUAGGCGGUGUUUUUUUUGCGUGCAUGAGAGAAGAGGGGGGUGGGUAAUUCAGGAAGGAGCUAUUCUGGUGUUGAGGCGAGGAGUGCCCGCGACCGCGGUCGGUCCAAUGGAGAGUCGAUGCGACGGCAAAUUUCCGUGAAGGAGUGAGAACUGAAAGGAAUUGCAAGCAGCUGCUCCCUGGAGAGGUGCCACGCCUAGCCACAUUGCCGGCUUACUUGCUUCAGCACUGGGGCAGAAUAGUGAAGGAGGGCAUGAAAACCACAGCUGCGGUACCGUGAGAUCGCUCGUUACCUGCGAGUUUCUAAAAAUAAAAAUAGAAAAAGAUCUCUUGUGCCUUUGGUAUGGCAACGAGUGGUGUUGAAAACAAAAAAAAGAUCUCUUGCGCGUUUCACGCCGGCAGGUGAAUUAGUCAUACUCUGUGUGCAAUCCGACUCAGCCUGGGGUGACGUUAGUCGUCGUAGCUUGCCAGCGAAGUUCUCCAGCUGUCACAACUCAUGAGUGAGGCUCCAUCGACACGUCUUUGUAAUAUUAUGUUUACAGCUCUUCUAGUCAUCGUAGCGU